CUUUUCGAGGGGGUGGAAUCAUCCCGUCGGAUGGAUUGGGCAUCAUGUCUCUCUGGUUCUGGGCCUUCUCCUCUGGAUCUUGUGUUGCUUAAAGAGACGACGAUCCCCCGCAGCGGCUGCUCCUCUCACACCCUCUCUUGCCUUUCCACUGCCUAUCGUUGCGCUGAAGCACGCACUCUCUGCUUGGCCGACCACGCUGUGACGCCCAUUACGAUCGCCCCACGCACGCUCCUCCACCACAAGCCCAGUAUUGCACGUACGGCUGGUCACGUAACUCAUCGCUACUCUUAGGAGGCAGAAAGAAGAACAGAAAAGAGAAGCUAGAGGAGACCGGGCCGUCAUGAAGGGAAGACAUGUCCUCCUUGCCACGCUGCUGCUCGGCGGAACCAGCAGUCUCGCGUCGCAAGGGCUCCUUCUCAACAGCCCAACGUGGGCUGACAGCCUGCCGCUGCACCAGCCCUCGCACGACUGGUCUCUGUCUUCCUCUUCGUCGUCGUCUGCCCACUACUCGUCGGUCGUAGCGGCCGGCGAGGGCGCGAGACGGUUCAAGGGGCACAAGACCCGUUUGCAGACGCAACGGGACGUCGAGAAGGGCAACAAGGCAGCCUACUUUGAAGGGCAACAGGAAGACUUGGGUCCACAUUUCAGGAAAGCGAGGGGCAGAAGCGAGGAGAGAAAAGGACUGCUUGUCGGCAUGCGCACGAGCGCGAGAGAAACGGAGCUACCAGGCAGCAGCCAGAGGAGACUUCUCAAACGAGCAAUCACAUCCGAUGACAGCGACGACAACGAAAUCGAGACAAAAAUCCUGGAAGAACGCAGCCGCAGAAGGAAGAACCUGAUCACCAAGCACUCGCUUUUGAAGGACGAUGGACCGUCGAAGUAUGCUCAGGAUCCCGUCCCACACGUUCUCGAGGGAGAUGGCGUUGGCAGAAGGUCUCCUGGCGGCGAUGACGAGGCCGUCCCUUGACAGGCUUACAUGUCUAGCUCUCACCUCUCAGACUUACUUGCAUAUCUUCUCUAACGUGAUUCUUACGGCACCUACACAUACUCCCGGCCUGAUUCACAUGCAAUUCAUUGCUGCUUGCCACAUGCUC